AUGGCGAUGCCUGCACCAGACGGAGUUGCAGGAGGAUCCCUUCAGGCCCUGAUAGGGAACCUGUCGGCAGCAGCGCAAGCUUUGGCAAGUGCUGCAGGUACAGGAAGUACCAGAAGUUACGACUCUGCAGCUAAGCUGGUGAAGAGUCCGGAUGUGUUCUCUCCAAAGAAUCUGGAGGAGGAAGUUUCACAGUGGCCAGAUUGGAGUUUCAGUUUCAAAGUGUUUGUGGGCUUCAUUGAUCCCACCUAUGCAGAAGAGUUGAAGAAAGUGGAGCUGGCACCACCAAAUCCAGCAGAUUAUACAGUUGGUGAAAGAGAGAGAAGUACAAAGCUGUAUGCGAUUUUGGCCUCGCAGAUCACAGCUGAAGCAGCGCGCCAAGCAAGAAGAGUUGAGAUGACACAAGAGUGGAACGAUGAAGAUGAAGAGCUCAACUUUGUGAGAUUGUGUCAAGAGUUUGAAGGUUUGGUUCAAGGAGAGCUGAGAAGAGUUGAGGAGUUUGAUAUCUCUUCGAGCGAUGAAGUGGAAGAGAUCGAGGAAGAACCGACUGAUGGUUUGAUGGAGUGGUAUCAAGGAUGGUGGUUCUUGGAAACAGAAGUUGAAAGAAGUGUGAGAAUGGUUUCUGAAGGAGAUGAAGUGAGAAGAACAGCAAGAGAAGUGGAUGCAUGUGAGGUAGUGCUCGACAGUGGAGCUGACUGCCAUGUGUUGCCUAUGGAUUGGGCGGAAGAAGUCGGAGAAACUUCGAACUUUGAGUACCAUCUGAAAGAUGCGCAAGGGAAAGUGAUCCCAACGUUGCCUGUGAGGCAGAAUGUGACGUUUGUUUUCACAAAGGAGUCUGGAAAGAAGUUGAAGAUCACUGACAGUGCUGUUUGCGGCAAUGUCACCCAACCUUUGUUUGCGGUAGGAAAGAUGUGGAAGCUAGGUUGGGGUACGGUGAAUGAAGAUGGAAGAUUGUGGUUGAAGAAAGGAAGUGUUCGGAUACCGAUAUACUUCAAAAGGCUGGAGCGAGAACUGAAGAAUGAGUUGAAGAGCAAAGAAGAUGAAGAUGGUUGGUUUGUGCUAAAUGACGGCACGCCUGCAAGGUUUGAUUGGUUUAUGGGGAAGACGUUUGACCCAACGGGAAAGAUGAAAAGAAGUGGAGAAAGAGUGUUGAAUGAAGUGGAUUGGAAGAGUAUGGAUUUCUUUGAGUGUACGGAGAUCUGGAAGGAUCGCGAAAGAGUGCAACUUGGGGCGAGUCCUCAAGCAAGGUUUGAGGUGAUGGUCACCUUGUUGGAAAAGGGAUUGAAGGAACCUAGUGACUAUGGGUUGCUCACGAAUUUGGAAGAGCUUGAAAGAGAACUGGCACAAGAAGGAGUGCCAAUGGAGGUCACAGGUACCUCCUCAGGUUCGAAAGACAAAAAGGGAAGUGAGAAAGAGGCAUAUCAGCCGGAGCUUUUGCAACUUUCGGUUGGAGCUCCAUGGGAUCAUCAGCUGAAGGCUUUGAGGUUUAAGAAGAAGAGAAUUGUGCCUAUUGAUGAUGGGCCAGGACUGCCAAGAUUGGCGGUGGAAGCUGACAAAAGAGUAGAAGAAGAAAAGAGAAGCGAGCCUUCGCCGCCAAGCGACCGCCAAGGAAGCUCAAGUUCUUCUAGCAAGAGUUCGUCGCUAUCUGGAGCAACGCCAGAAGCAAUGGACGACGAGAGCGACGACGAUGACGAUGAUCCAGGAGAGGUGAGAACAAAGAGAAAAGCAGAAGAUGAAUUGGUGCCCGAUGAAAUGACGUUGGAAGAGUUUCAAAGAGAAGUGGCAAAGAGGAAUGCAGAAGAAGAAGGAGAGGGGUCACCAAAGAAAGAACCAAGAGUAGACGAAGGAACUGGAGAGGUAGAAGAAAGAGUUGAAAAGGUGCCGAGACUUGGAGACGAAGCACGAGGAAGCGCGGCACGAGUGGAAUACCACAUUCGGAGAUUCGCCAAGAGCGAAGAUCCCGAAGAGCAUGGAGAUGAGUAUGUUGAUCUCGACGAGACACAGUUGUUUCUGGAAGAAAGUCGAGAGUUCCAGAGCAAGUGGAACGAGAAGGUGUGUGAGACAGAAGAGGACCUAACGGCGGAGCCUGCCAUUGAAGUUAUCGACACUGACAGUGAUCAGAACUCGGGAGAUUCCGAGGUAUCCCUGGCUAGCAGCCAGGCCGCAACGGCAGUGCCGUUCGCGCCCAACGCGAACACUGUGGUCGUGUCCAGACCGCAGCGUCGCAAUCGCCAGCGAGGUACCCCGGCCUUCGUGCGUUAG